AUGGACCCCAAAAGGAAGGUUAAUGGCGGAAGUACUGCGGAUCAAGAUGAUGCGGAUCGCGCUGCGAAGAGGAGAAAGCUUCCUGUUAAUGGUGAUCUAAGCCAAGGUCAGACACCAGAAACAACAACUUAUUAUGGAUUGAUACUUUUGAACCAACUGAGAACGGGUCUGGACAAACAAGGCCGACCGUUCGCAACCAAUUUCCUCACCCUCCCCGAUAGGAAAGAAUUCGCCGCAUACUAUGCGGUGACAAAGAUGCCAAUCGCCUUUGAUACUAUUCAAGAAAAGUUGGACAAUCAUGACUUUGCUACUUUAUCUGAGCUUGAGAGCUUCUUCAAACGCUUAGUAAAAAAUGCUAAGGAUUACAAUGAGCGAGAAUCUAUAAUUCAUCGUGAUGCUGAGCGAAUACGAAAGGCUGUGGUCAAAUUUAUGACUGACAAUAAUCCAGAGUAUAAGACAAAUCCUGGUAUGAAGCUCGAGCCUACGCCAAUUGCACCCGUCGAGUCAGUCGUAUCUAAACCAGUCGAGCCCAAGCCAAUCGAGCCUGCACCUUUACCUAUCGAGCAAGAAGACAGCGAUGCGGAUGCAGAGGGAGAACCCGAGGACCUGGAGGAGGAACUCAAGACUGAACCAGUUCCAGUCACAAAGCGAAGAGGCCGGCCUCCAAAGAAUCCCGGAGCACCACGCAAGAGUACCACUCCUGCUAUAUCCGAUUCUCAAUAUGCUGGUGUCAGCUUCGUGGGACUUACUUUCCAACAAGCGCAAGAGAAGAUUCUAGCUGACGUCCUUGCGCAUAAAGAAGACCCUGCGGACGAAUUCUUUGAAUUUGAGCCGUUCGUAGCAUUACCACCACGCAGUUUGAAAGAUUAUUAUCAUGUAAUUCCAAAUCCACAUUGUCUGAAGGAUCUGCAAAAGCGAGUCAAGGGAACACAUGGAGGAAAACAUGCCACGGGUGUUAGCGAUUUCAAGUCGUGGGCUGCGCUUGAAGAAGAUGCAAGUUUGAUAUGGAAGAAUGCAUAUCACUAUAAUGAAGAUGGCAGUGAGAUCUUUAAUCUAGCAAAGGACCUUGAGAACUUUUUCAAGAAAACUUUGGAAGAAGCUAAGAAGGCUGUGCCUGAGCCUGUAAUCCCCAAGAUCAAGAUUAAUGUUAAGGCUCCUGAACCUAGUCCAAAAAUUACUCUGAGAGUCGGAGUACCUAGAGCAGCGGACUCACCAGCUCCAUUAACCAAUGGUUCUAACGGAACUGUGAACUCCGCAACCUCCUCCAACAGCGAAACACGUAGGAAUCCGUUUGGUGGUUCGCACUCUACUGCGACACCGGCUCCAAAUUUGGGCCAGUUAGAGAGAGCUAGGAGCAUGUCGAAUUCUGCAUCAUCUCCAGUCCUUUCAAAUUCUGUGCCGGUAAAGAGUGAGGAAGCCCUACGCAAGUCGCCUGCUGCACUAAUCCAAUCAACCCCACGACCGAUCAGCCAAACUGUGUCGACGCCGACCCCGGCUCCAAGUAACAUGCUUCCACCACAUACACCCAAUGCGUCUAAUCACAAUUCAUAUAAUCAGGGUGGUUAUGCACAAUCUUUCAACCAUCAACCUGCAAAUCUAGCCCUAGAAUCCAAAUUUAGAGCUCCAGGAAAAAAUGCAUCUCAUGCUAUGAUCACAAACUUGAGCAUUGCAACUCAUCCACGCCUCAAUGUCUCUCGUCAUUUUCAUAUGGAUCUACCCCCGUCUGCAACAUUGACGCAACAAUCUAUCACGAUCAAUCUCCCCUCGACGCAUUACUACCUCCAAAUCAAGCCAACGAUCGCUCAGGCUUUACUCGAGCGUCAGUACAAGAUAUUUGUCACGUCUGGAGUAACUAGAUUGCAUGCUAUACCACUCAUACCAAAUCAUGGAGUGGACCCUCGACAGCCUCUAUUCGAAGCUCGUCUUCUUCCUGGUGUGAACAAAAUUGAAGUUGAAUUGAUUGCGGCCCUUCCUAAGGGUACGCAAUGGCGUUCCCUUGGCAUUCUUGAUAUUUCUGCGUUUGAUGUUAAACAUAGGGGGCGUUUCAGAAAGGCCGUCGCAUUGUUCGAUUUGGCAUUGUACAAGUAA